AUGGGCAUGGAAAGAAAGAGCAAUGAAGAAGGAAUCCAGGUGGAGGACAUCAUUAGUGCCAUUAAAGGACAUGUCCCGGAUAUGUAUGAGUUCAAUCCCAAGGAAUCGCUAAAUAUGAAACACAAGACCUACAAAGACUCUCCACGUCGGGCAGAUCAGAUGCACUGUGUCGUCUGUGUGGUUGAAGCUGACAAAAUUACCCUUAUGGAUAAAAGUCUGGUGAAUAAGUUUGAGACCAUCCGGUCUCAAGUGAACAAAAUGAAAGCAGAACAGCCACCUCCACCUCCACCUCCCAAACCUUUGCUGGAAAAGCCUUGGAGAAACCUGGAACUCAAUGAACAGGUAAAGAAUGAACUUCUACAAGACAUCAGAAACUACGAGACUCUGACAGAGUCAGUGGAAGAGCCUAGAAUUCUCCUGAUUGGUCAGAUUGGAGCUGGUAAAAGCAGCUUUUUCAACUCAGUGAAAAGCAUCUUCAGAGGUCAUGUAACGCUGCAGGCUGGAUCAGGGCAGGGAGAGACCUCUGUGAGCAACCUGUACAGGAUAUAUCCAGUUCAUGAUGGGAAAGGGGGGAAGAGGCUGCCAUACAUCCUGUGUGACACAAUGGGCUUGGAACGGGAACAAAAUGAGGACGGGAUCCAUAUGAACGACAUCAUAAGUGUCAUUAAUGGGCAUGUUCCAGAUUUGUAUGAGUUCGAUCCCAAAGCAUCAAUAACUAAAAAUGACAUUCGCUACAGACAUGAGCCCGUUCUGGGAGAUAAGGUGCACUGCGUUGUCUUUGUAAUUGAUGCUGACAAAAUGAGUCUCAUAAAUAAAAUACUACGACAGAAGUUUCAGAGCAUCCGGACCACAGUGCAUAAAAUGGGCAUUCCUGUGCUUGUGUUGAUCACAAAGGUAGAUGAAGCCUGCCUAGAAGUUAAAAAGGACCUGAGCAAAGUGUACUGGAGCCGAUACCUUAAUGAGAAGGUGACUAAGCUGGGACAGGAACUUGGAGUACCUAUGUCUGCUAUCUCUCUGGUUAGGAACUACUCCUCAGAGACAGACCUCGACUGGAAUUUUGACAUUUUGAUCCUGAACGCCCUGAAGCAGAUGCUGAGAGCCGCUGAUGACUGCUUAGAUGACAUGAAGCUGAGAGGCCUCACUCGGUCGAGCAGUACUUGAUGCUCUUAUUUUGCAACAAUGUAACAAAUUGUACCCAUGCACCAUCUUCUAAAACUUCUAAAGAAAUCAAAGGGUUGAAUAAUGGGACCCCUAACCAAUCUGAGGGUACAUUAAACACAUACACUCACUUACACACAAAAUAAUUAAGGUAAGGCUAUGACAGGACCUGGAGAAAAAUGUCCACAAAGACAUGAAGAGAAAAUCCAGACUCCAUGAUGAUGGCGAAUUUGACUUUUUACAGCACUCUGUCUGAGCUCAAUGGAGUGUACCAUAAAAAAUUAAUUGAAUUGAAUCUAUCAGGGUGCAAGGAACAUAUUCAUACCACUCUGUUUCCUGGUACAUUCCUAUUAAUUAGAAAUGUGUCAGGGUAGGUACAGCAAAUUUUAUUUUGUGUGAGGAGCACCCACUCUUAUCUAGUCUGUACACAUUGACCACACUAACAUCUAAUUAAUUAGUAAUGCUGUUAUUUUUUCAAAUAAUGAGUAAAGUAUUACCUUUACAAAAUGUAAUAGCAUCUAAUAUUUGUAACUAUUAAUCUGAAUUAGUAAUCUGAGUAUUCCUUAUAGAGGGCUUUCUUAUUAAUGUAAUAUUUUCAGUCCAUUCCAGAAUGACAAACUAGCCACUCUAACUUUCAUCUUUCUACUCUGAGACAGCAUGUCUUUUGGUUAAACCAAUGUGAUUUUUUUUUCUUUUACUUUGAUUUUGGAUUGAGAAACACAGCUUUAUCUAGAAUACAAGAUGUUUGACAGCUCAUUUGUAUAUCUAGUUCCAGGCUUGGGCAUGUUUUUUUAUAUUAAUUAAUCUUAAACUAGCAAAUUAAACAUAAUCAAUGAAUAAUAUAUAAUAGUUCAAUUCAUGGUAAAUUAAAAUCAGAUUACUUAUCGUAAUUAUUCCCUAAUAUAACAAAAAAUUUAAAAAACACAUAUUUUUAGAGGUCAGGGUAAAGGUUAAUGUGACAACUCUGUGCCCUUGACCCAAUACCAACAAAUUUUUUCAAAGAAGUAUCGGGCGUGCUUAUUGAUAAUGUUCUUGACAUAGUAAAUUCAUCAUUAGAUACGGGGGUCUUCCCAGACUGUCUUAAGACUGCUGUAGUUAAACCCCUACUUAACAAAAAAUUAUCUCGACCCCUCUGCUCUUGAAAAUUAUAGACCCAUCUCUAACCUGCCUUUCUUAAGUAAAAUUCUAGAGAAGGCAGUCAUUAUGCAGUUAAAUGAUCACCUCAAUAAACAUGCUAUUCUUGAUAAAUUUCAGUCAGGUUUUAGAACAAAUCACAGCACAGAAACUGCACUCGUUAAAGUAGUCAAUGACUUGCGGGUAAAUGCAGACAGAAGCCAUUUAUCUGUUCUCAUCCUCUUAGAUCUGAGUGCCGCAUUUGACACCAUUGAUCAUAAUAUUCUUAAGAAUUGCCUUAGUCAGUGGGUGGGCCUCUCUGGCAGUGUCUUAAAUUGGUUUGAAUCCUACCUGGCAGGGAGAAAAUUCUUUGUUAGUUGUGGUAAUUAUAACUCAAAGACACAUGAUAUUCUAUAUGGUGUUCCACAAGGCUCUAUCCUGGGUCCGCUGCUCUUCUCAAUCUACAUGCUUCCAUUAGGUCAGAUUAUCUCAGGGCACAACGUGAGCUACCACAGCUAUGCUGAUGACACACAGCUGUAUUUAUCAAUAGCACCUGAUGACCCCGAAUCUCUUGAUUCACUAACACAAUGUCUAACCUGAAUCUCAGAAUGGAUGAAUAGUAACUUUCUCAAAUUAAAUAAAGAAAAAACGAAAUCUUAGUGAUUGGCAAUAAUGGAUACAAUGAGGCUAUUAGAAAUAAACUGGAUGCAUUAGGAUUAAAAGUCAAAACGGAGGUAAAAAGCUUAGGGGUAACUGUUGACUGUAAUCUGAGUUUUAAAUCGCAUAUUAAUCAGAUCACUUGGACAGCAUUUUUUCACUUAAGAAACAUAGCAAAAGUUAGACCUCUUAUAUCAUCGAAAGAUGCAGAGAAAUUAGUUCACGCGUUUGUUUUCAGUCGACUAGAUUACUGUAACGCACUCCUCUCAGGACUACCCAAAACAGAC